UCUAGCAGGACUACUAUGUGCGCUGACGUUUAGGUCCAUGUCUGUCCGGUGUCAUUGGUGAAUGACCGAAGAUGUCUCAUAGCAGGUUGUUUGCCCGGUUGCUCUUGCAGCAGGCUGGGGUGAGACACUGUUAUACUGGCAGCAGGAAGAACCUUUACAUCAACAAGAACACUAAGGUCAUCUGUCAGGGCUUCACAGGAAAACAGGGCACCUUUCACAGUCAGCAGUCUUUGGACUAUGGCUCUCAGUUAGUAGGAGGAGUGUCUCCAGGCAAGGGGGGCAAAACACACCUGGGUCUGCCAGUCUUCAACUCUGUGAAGGAGGCUAAGGAUGGCACAGGGGCUGAUGCCACCGUGAUCUACGUGCCGCCUCCUUUUGCGGCAGCCGCCAUCAUUGAAGCGAUUGACGCAGAGAUACCACUGGCCGUCUGUAUCACAGAGGGAAUCCCUCAGCAGGACAUGGUGCGGGUCAAACACCAGCUGCUCCGCCAGAGCAAGACCCGCCUCGUCGGCCCCAACUGUCCCGGUGUCAUCAACUCCAAAUUAAAUUAUAAUAUUGCAAUUUAUCUUUAUAUUGCUCUAUUCUUUUCCCUUUUUUCAGGCAUUGUAUCUAGAUCGGGCACUCUUACGUAUGAAGCCGUACAUCAGACGACACAAGUGGGUCUGGGCCAGUCACUGUGUGUUGGUAUUGGUGGAGACCCUUUUAAUGGCACUAACUUCAUUGACUGCCUGGAGGUGUUCCUGCAGGACCCAAAAACUGAGGGCAUCAUUUUGAUUGGAGAGAUUGGAGGAGAUGCAGAAGAGAAUGCGGCAGAGUACCUGAAACAGCACAACUCUGGUGCCAGUGCUAAGCCUGUGGUGUCAUUUAUUGCUGGCUUGACGGCCCCUCCUGGAAGGAGAAUGGGGCACGCAGGAGCCAUCAUUGCCGGAGGCAAAGGGGGUGCCAAAGAGAAGAUCGCCGCCCUGCAGUCAGCUGGAGUCAUCGUCAGCAUGUCUCCGGCUCAGCUGGGCAGCACCAUGUACAAGGAGUUUGAGAAGAGGAAAAUGUUGUAACUUGUUGCAGGGAGUGUGAGAAACAAACUGGCCUCCCUGCCUUAGGACCUUCAUCCCUGCUGGAGCCCACCACCUUCCUCCAGGCUCAACAGUGCGCACACUUUGUGUUUUCAACAGAUUCUAUCAGUACAUAUUCCAUAUUUGCACCAGAGGAAAUAAUAAUAAUAAUAAUAAUUAAAAAAAAACAUUUCAGAGUCUAUCACAGCCUUCGUCUUAGAAGUGUACAGCACAGGAACAUAUCCACCUUCUAAUCCAGCCACAGUCGGAGCAAUGUAAGCCAUGUUGUUGCUUUAUGUCAUAAUGUUUUCUCUCCUUCUUAAACAGAAAAUAUAUCUCUUAUGCUCUA